GUACUCAGACCCCAGCCUGUGGACAGCUUACCUGGGCCUGACCGACCAAAGCAACCGCAGCGGCACCAACGUGCAAACACGGAAAAUCAAGCGCAUCAUCUCCCACCCCUUGUUCAACGACUACACCUUCGACUACGACAUUGCUGUGAUGGAGCUGCAGCACCCCGUCACCUUCUCCUCCGUUGUCAAGCCCAUCUGCCUGCCCGAUAGCACCCACAACUUCCCUGUGGGCAAGGACCUGUGGGUGACUGGAUGGGGAGCGACUGUGGAAGGCGGCAGCGGAGCCUCCAUCUUGCAGAAAGCAGAAAUCCGGCUCAUCAACCAGACGGUGUGCAACCAGCUGCUGACGGACCAGGUGACGGAGCACAUGAUGUGCGUGGGGAUCCUGACGGGCGGCGUGGACGCCUGCCAGGGAGACUCUGGAGGGCCGCUGGUCAGUGUGGAGCCCAGCAAUCGGAUGUUCCUGGCCGGGGUGGUGAGCUGGGGCGAUGGCUGCGCACAGAGGAACAAACCUGGAGUCUACAGCCGGGUCACCAGCCUGCGACCGUGGAUCAAAAAUCAGACAGGCCUUUAG